CUCCUCCUCCUCCUCCUGCUGUUGCUGCUGCUCCUCCUGCUCCUGCUCCGCCGCUGCUGCUGCUCCUGCCCCGCUCAGAGCCUCGCGCAGCGCGGAUGGUGCAGUUGAGUCCGGCCGCUCUGCCCCCCCCAGCGCGCGCGCUGCUCUACGGCACCAUGGCGCAGCCGCUCGGGCACAGUGGCUUUGCUGGAGAAGCGGAGCAGUAUGGGAUGUAUCCCAGCCACCGCGUUAAGCGCAGACCAGCACCGUAUGAGAUUGAGAUCAAUGAUGGUUCUCAGCCCAAGAUCGUGCGGCGGAUCUUCACGAACAGCCGCGAGCGCUGGCGGCAGCAGAACGUGAACGGCGCCUUCGCCGAGCUCCGCAAGCUCAUCCCCACACACCCGCCCGACAAGAAGCUCAGCAAGAAUGAGAUCCUGCGGCUGGCCAUGAAGUACAUCAACUUCCUGGCCAAGCUGCUGAAUGACCAGGAUGACGUGCUGGUGGGCGGUGAGGGUGGGGCGCGCACCCGUGAGGCCCGGGAUGGCGGCCUAGUGAGGGAGGACCUGCUGCAGGACAUGCUGAGUCCAAACUCCAGUUGCGGCAGCCUGCUGGAUGGAGACGGCAGUCCAGAGAGCUUCACCGAAGAGCAGGACUCAUCGCCCGCCGGACGCGGCCUGCAUCAUCCACCAAUGCCCCUGGAUGGAAGCAACCAGCGAUGACUAUGGAGGUGUAGAUAUCUGGCCUCAUGAUUCGCCUCGAUUGCGAUUCGAUGCGUCACGAAAAUCUGAAAUUCCACCACGAUUCGAUUCUCUUGGUACGAUUCGGAAUCUUGUUGAACUGAAUACGCAAAUGAGACUGGAGGAAGUGGAUUUAGUGGAAUAUAAACAAUAAAAAUAACAUUUGAUGUAGCCAGAUAAGUUAAUUUGCCCAAAAACAGUGCAUAAUUUUCUGAAUAUCAUCCUAGUUAUUUAUAACUGAUUCUUACAUUACAAAACAACAAUGCAGUUGAAUCGCCACCUUUAAGUCGAUGCAUUAUGAUGCGUUUUGAAACCCCUGGUCACGACAUUGCUGGACAAAGAGACUGGGCAUUGAGGGCCAGACAUUGGGCCCAGAUGGUCUAUUGUGGAAGGCUAACGGACGUGUUUGUGUGCAGACUUGAUUUUUUUUCUUGCCCCCAUUUCUUCACGUCUUGCGCACUAACUACUCUCCACACUGGAUGCUGCCCCCUAUGGGUAAACACUGGUACAUCGAGAAUCAUAAUAAUGGUAGAUUUAAGUGCUUGCUGCUGCGGUAAGCAUAUAUUCCAGCUGGGAUUUAAACACGAAGCAAAGAAAGCAUUCAAAAAGGCCAGAUUUUUCAGAAUGGUACCCUUUCUAGAUUUCAAUCCCACCAUUUGAUCAGGUACACUAGAUAACCAUGCUGUUAGAAUGCGUGAAGAAGACAGAGGAGGGGAAAUCUCCUUGGCUAAACUCAAUCAGACUUAAAGGGGAAUUCCACCAAUUUUUCAAUGCUGCUGCAUAAUUCAAUCAUUGAGAUGGAAACAAAGCCAUUCAGAGUGGUUUGAUGUGAAAUACUUCACUUAUUGACUCUGAUUUCUUUCCAGCGGUGGUGAUAGGAACCAGGGGUCACAAUGUCCACAACACAAAUAUAGCCAUUUUAUUUAUUAUCCAAAAUGACCAGAGAAGCUACACAUCUUCUGGUGGCAAAACUGGAAAAAGAUUCUAUAACCCUGAAUGCCUGAAUUAACCCCUUUACAAGCCAUCGGCCCAACGGCAGGCCCAAAGUUUUAUUGCACACUUUUAUAACCUAAGAACAGCUCAAUUAGUUUGCAUUAAAGACCAUGUAGUUGCUGAAUAAUAAGCCUUUUGUAUGUAAUAAGCCUG